AUGAAAAUUAGUGGCUUCUCUAUUCAAAGUUCACUUGCCUCUUACCUAGCCUUGCCAAUCCUCUUGAUGCACAUCAUGUUGGCAGUCAUUCACAUGGUUCUAGUCAUCUAUCGAAGGCACACGUCAGGCAGUUGGAAAUCUCUAGGAGAGAUGAUUGCGCUUGCUCAGAACUCCCAGCCUGCGCCCAUAGUUUUGGAGAAUACGGGUGCAGGGAUCCGAUCAGCGAAGACUUAUGCUCGUGUGGCGAAGGUGCGGAUACGGAAAGCUGCACCCGAGGACCGCGGUCAUGUUGAGCUGUUAUUUGACGAUCUUGUUCAAGGAACUGACCAGCCUAACUCCGCCGAGCAAGAAUUGAUUGAGCUUCAAACCCCAAUCUUGCGCCAUCCUGCUACAUGGCCAAGCUAUACAGCUAGGGCACCAACUCCAGGAGAUGGCUCGGUGGUAUCGCCGCAUAUGGCCAGAUCUGGUUCCCAAUCCCCAUUUGAAUUCACUGACAUGCCGACCUUUGUUCGGCCAGAUCAGUUGUACGGCUAA